AUGACGCCUCUCUCAGGCGAUUACCUCGAGCGGGUCUAUGCCGGCGUUCUUGGAAAGCUGAUCGGUGUCUAUCUCGGGCGUCCUUUUGAAGGUUGGACACACCAGCGCAUUCUUCAGGAACUUGGGCCUAUUCGGAGCUAUGUCCACGAUAGACUGAACGUUCCACUUGUUGUGACUGAUGAUGAUGUAUCCGGAACUUUCACUUUCCUUCGGGCAUUUGAAGAACACGGCGUUAGCCCUGAUCUAUCCGCCGAAGCCAUUGGCAAGACAUGGCUGAACAACAUCAUUGAAGGUAGAACUAUCCUGUGGUGGGGUGGCAGAGGCAUUUCGACCGAACACACUGCCUACUUAAACCUCAAAAAUGGUAUCCCGGCCCCAGCGAGUGGCUCUAUCGAGACCAACGGCAAAACGGUGGCCGAGCAGAUAGGCGCCCAGAUUUUCAUUGAUGGCUGGGCCAUGGUAGCUCCUGGCAACCCUGCUCUGGCAGCAAAGUUAGCUGAACAAGCUGGCAAAGUCAGUCACGACGGCGAGUCCGUUCAUGCGGCAAAACUGUGGGCAGCAAUGGAGGCUGAGGCGUUCGUUUCCAAGGACGUUGAGCAUCUUUUAGAGACGGGAUUGAAGUUCGUCCCCGAAGAUUCAGCUAUCGCUCGGUUAAUCAGUGAUGUUCGCGCAUGGACAAAGGAAGACGGUGAUUGGAUGACCACACGCAAUAGGAUUGAGAAGACGUACGGUUAUGACAAGUUUUGCGGCAACUGCCACGUUAUGCCUAACCAUGGCAUUAUGAUCAUGGCGCUGUUGUAUGGCGGUCACGACUUUCACGAAGCGAUGCACAUCAUAAAUACCUGUGGAUGGGAUACCGAUUGCAACUCUGGAAAUGUAGGAUGUCUGGUGGCCAUCAUGCAUGGAAUCUCUUCGUUCGACGGUGGCCCGGACUGGCGAGGUCCGCUUGCUGAUCGUGCGCUCAUAUCAAGCUCAGAUGGCGGGUACUCUAUCAACGAUGCUGCGAAGAUUGCUAUGAACGUUGCUAAUCUUGGACGCCGACUUGCUGGAGUAGCGCCCCUUGCGCCUCCGAAAGACGGUGCUCAGUUCCAUUUUACGCUUCCAGGGAGUAUUCAGGGAUUCAAAGUAUCUUCGGACGGCGCCAUCCCCGGACUAGUCACACUGAAGCAAGCGAUCGAUGGUGACCGUGGCCCAGGCCUUGAAAUUCGACUGGCCCCAUUAGGGCGGGGUUUAGAACCUGUGGAGGUCAUGACGCAGACAUUCACUGGAAAGGAUGUACUUCAGAUGGGCUCAACAUAUCCUCUGAUGGCAUCACCGCUUGUGUACCCUGGUCAAAAAGUAAAAGCUAGGCUGCGAUCAAAGUCAGAUGUCACGGCAAGUCUAGAUAUCAGACUAAGAAUUAAGACAUACGGCAAGAAUGACGAGCUCGUGCCGCUUUACGGACCGCUUACAAAUUUGAAUCCAGGAGAGGAGAGCAUUCUUGAGUGGACAAUCCCGGAUGCCAUGGACAGCCAGCCCAUCCAGCAGAUUGGACUUGCCAUUGCAGCAGCCAAUGAGCCAGUCGAUGGAUCUGUGUGGCUGGACAGCUUAGGGUGGGAAGGGGUGCCAGACAUGAUAUUGCGUCGACCUACGACACGUCCAUCCGACUUUUGGCAUCGUGCGUGGGUUCAGGGCGUUGAUCUAUUCCAUCGAUGGAUGAGCUCUUCAAUCUCGAUUGCACAAAAUAGGGGCGAAGGAAUUCUUAUUCACGGCACGCGAGAGUGGACCGAUUAUAAGAUCGUAGCCUCGAGCUUCAUAAUCAACAUCGGCCAGCCAGCAGGCGUCGCCAUCAGAGUCCAGGGACUAAAUCGUUGGUACGCUGUACUGUUCGUCGAGGGCGGCAAGUUGGCGCUUGUAAAGGCCUUGGACGAGAGAAGGAUUGAGCUUGCCACUACGGACUUCAAAUGGAAAGUAGAUACUCCUUACGAGAUGGCAGUAAGCGCCGAGGGUGAUAUAAUAAAGGCUCGCGUAGGAGAUGUCUUUUUGGAGGCUGCUGACACACAGUUCGAAAACGGCGGUGUAGGUCUCGUGGUGACAAAUGGUUCACUUUCUGUUGAAAGCAUCAGCAUAAGUCCGGCCGGCAAAGAGCGCUGCUGA